AGAAAAAGAUUCUUACCAACAAAACUUUAUACAAAUGUACAUACACACUCACCCGGAAAUAACCCAUAUAUAAUCAUAUUCGAACCAAACCCCAAAUACCCAUUUUUAAGUUGCAGAGCAGCUUAACAUUUUCAUCUUCUUUUUUCUUUUUGUCCUAAUUAAUCUCAGUGACAGAGGCUCUUGCUUAGUAUAGGAAAAAAAUGAGUAGGAAUCAAGAUUCUAGUUCUUCUAGCUUCACCAACAACAUUCCAGCCCUCAAGCUUGUAGAUUGUUCUCUUAGGAUUUGUGUGAUUCCUCUUAGUAUUGCAACCAUAUGGGUAACUGUGACCAACCAUCAGGAUAAUAGCAGCUAUGGGAAGCUAGAUUUCAGCAAUCUCCUGGGUCUGAAGUACAUAAUCUGCAUCAGUACUGUCUCUGCUGUGUAUGCUUUUCUUGCAGCUGUCUCCUCAUGGGUCAAAUAUUUAGUGACUAAAGCUUGGCUUUUCUUUAUUUCUGACCAGAUUGUAGCUUACCUAUUGGUAACAUCUGGAGCAGCAGUGUUAGAGAUAUUGUAUUUAGCGUAUAAAGGUGAUAGGGAAGUUUCAUGGAGUGAAUCCUGCAGUGCCUAUGGAAAAUUCUGCUCUAGAAUGAAGGUGGCUUUGGUUCUCCAUGCUCUGGUCCUUUGCUGCUUCUUGGUUUUAGCUGUGAUUUCAGCUUACCGGGUUUUUAGCAAGUUUGAACCUCCUCAUGUUCCAUACAAAGAGGUUGAAGAAGAAAGAACUUAAAAAGGGUUUUGUUGUUAAAAGCAUGAUUUUCUUUGUUUGGUCAUUUAUCUUAAUGUUUGGGUUUCCAAGAUUUAACCAAAAAAAAAAAAAAAAAAAAAAGAGGAAAAUUAAUGAGAUUGUAAUGCAAAGCUUUGUUAUGAAAUAGAAACUGUCUACAUUUCUUUCUUUAA